AUGGAGGGAACGACGCUCAAGUCGUGGCGGCUGGGCAAGAAGCUCGGCUCAGGAGCAUGCAGCGAUGUCUACGCUGUGGAACCUAUGAGCCCCCUCAGCAGGGAUGCCGGCCGUGAGUUUGUCAUGAAGCUCUCACCACUGCCACAACUGCCGGCGGCCAAGCUUAAGAACAAGAAAAGGAAGAAGACGCCAGCGGAGCGCAACGCUGAUGCGCUGUACGCCGAGCACCUGCUGUACAAGAACCACUUGAGAGACCAGCCCGGUAUCCCUUACGUGCCAAUGGGAGCCUACGGGGAGGAUAAAGGAUAUCGCUUCCUAGUGAUAGAGCGACUUGGACGAACGUUAGAGACGGUGCUGCAGGAGCAAGGACCUGUCUCGUCGGCCACAGCAGCUCGACUGGGCCAAGAAAUCUUGGAGACGCUGCAGCAGAUGCACGUGAAGAACAUCCUCUAUGUGGAUGUGAAGCCUGAAAAUUUCAUGCUGGACAUGCGUUCGGAGAACACUGUGUACUGCGUUGACUUUGGUAUUUCCGAUCGCUAUGUCACCGCCACGGGUAAGCACAAGGAGUACAAGGAAGGAACGGUUGUGGGAACGCCGACCUUCUUGAGCAUUAAUUGCCACGACGGUGCCACUUCUAGCCGCCGAGACGACAUUGAAUCAUUGUUGUACGUACUCGUCUACUUAAUGCGGGGCAAUCUUCCGUGGCAGAAAGCGUCAAGUGAUGCCGAAGGGGCCAAGAUCAAGAAAUCCACCUCGGUGGAACAGCUUUGUGCUUCGCUUCCUAAUGCAUGGGGCGCAAUGCUUAAGAACAUUCGUUACUGCGGCUUUGAGGAUCGACCAGACUACGAUUUCUUCGUGAUGCAGCUCUCGAAAUUAGGUGGGAGUAAAGGCUUGAGUACACCGUUUGAGUGGGGUACGCGGAAGACCAGCAAAGCGGCUGCUAAGGUUGCUGCUGCAACGCAAGAGUCAGCCACCGACAGCCCCGUGCGUAAGCGUGUGAAAAGCGCGGAUGAAGUUCCCACAGUGCCUCCACCCACCGCAGCCAAGACAGAGAAAAUAAAUGCCCCUGAGAAGAAGAAAGCUACUCCUCGUCACAGCAAGGCACCAACUAAGAAAGCAGCAGCACCUUCCCCGAAGGGUAGCAACGCGAGCAAGAAGGACCAACAAGCUGCUGACAAAGAUGGUGUUGAAGUUGAGUGCACGAGUGACGUGCGGCCUCAAGACCGGGAAGUAUUCAAGGCCAUCGCCGGCCACGCUGCUGCCACGGCUGCUGUUAAGCGAUACAACCUGCGCUCAGCUCGUUGA